AUGACAUCUCGUGGAACAUGUGAGAGCUUCGAUGAGAUAGGACAGUAUAUUGAUCGACUUCGAGAAGAACGACGAUUAACAGAGCAUUCGAUAAGAAGAUUGGAGCAUGAGAAAGGCGUAUUGGAAGAGAAAAUCGAAGAUUUGAAGCAAAAACGCGAUGCGGUCGACGUGAAGCUUCAAAGUGAGCUCGAACGAGCCGAAAGACAAGACCGCGGUCUGAAAGAGGCAGAAGCCACUUAUAACAAAUUGAUGGAAUCGAAAAAAUCGUUGGUUGAUUUCGUGAAGAAGGAAUAUCAAGACACGAAGCGUUCGAGUUCGAAAUAA